AUUUGAUAAAUUUAACAGUUUAAUAUAGAUAUGAUAAAUUAAUUAACCGCUACGUAACGAUAACAUCACGAGUCUUUAAAAAGUUUAAAAUUACCAAAAAAUACGGAACUACAUUUUGAAUGCGGAAGAAAUCAACGAAACUGUAAUGCGCCUGUUUGUUUUACGAAGUUUCAAAGCAGUAGUGAUAUAACGUUUAUAUUUGUUAUAUUUUAAUUAAAUGCUGGAAAUUAUUUUAAUGUUUGAAUGAUAAAAAGUCCGUAAAGAUGAAGAUUUCUGCUGAUAUUAUCGAAAAAGAUAGCCGUCGCGAAGAAAAUAAUGUCGGUGAAUUGACUAUUAAGUUCAAACCUAAACCAACCGUUUAUAAUUUACCUUUUCCUGAUACAGCUUCAACAAAUUGGAGAAAUCUUAAGUUCGAGGUUCUAAGAAAAUGUGGUCUUAAUCCAGAUUCUCAAGUAUCAAUAAGUUAUGUGGAUGAAGAAAAUGAUAGGAUUAGAAUAGAUUCUGAAACAGAAUUUCUUGAAGCUGUGAGAGUUGGUCAGAAAUGUGGCAACAGAUUAAAAUUCCUUGUAAAAGAAGUAGAAUCAGAGGAAAAGAAUGAAAUUCAACCAUCUACUUCACCUGGAAUUUUUAGCUACAGAGAAUUAGAAUCAGGAGAAUUUGUGGUAAUGGAUAAAGUUCCUUGUUUCAAAACACAUCGUGAGUCUGCUAGUGAUGAGUCUGUAAAACAGAAAUCUGUUCAUUCUGUUGAAGUUGCAGAAAAUAAAUCAGAUAAUUCUAUUCCUUCCUGGUUGAUUUCUUAUAUUACUAAAGUUAAAGAUGAUAUGAUUAAAGAUGUUUCUGAUAAAGUUAUGGAUACUAUCCUUGCAAUGUUUAAAGAUAUGAAUUUAAAUUCUACUCCAUUAUUAAAACAUGAAGAAUGUUCUUCUGUUACUCAAAAGCAUGAUAAAACUGGAAGAGAAAAUUUACUUCACAUAGGAAUUAUUUGUGAUAAUUGUGAACAACCAGUCAGAGGUAUCAGAUAUAAAUGUGGAACAUGUGCAGAUUAUGAUUUAUGUGAAAAGUGUGAGAAUCUUCCUAAUAUACAUAAUCCACGUCAUAUUUUUUUAAAAAUUCGUCAUAACAUGUAUAAUCAGUUCACAAAUUUGAGUGAUGAACAAUUACCAGCAACACAUCUCUUAUCACCACAUCUUUUGACUUCCAUAAAAACAUUGCCAGCUGUAGUAAGGGGUUCCUUGAGUUUUAAACACAAGAAAGAUAAGAAGAUAAUUAAAAUGAUGAAAAAACUUGAAAAAUAUAGAGCUAAAGAACAGUCUUACAACAAUUCAAGAAUUAGUGGAGCUAAUAUAACUUGGGAACAAGCACCUGCUACUACUAAGAUAGAAUCAAGAUCAAAAUAUUGUCAUUCUGAUUUAAAUUGUGCUGAAUUACGUGAUGUCCAGUUUAUUAGAGAUGAAACCAUACCAGAUGGUACUUAUAUAAUCUGUAAUUCUCAGUUUGUUAAACACUGGCGGAUUCGUAACUCUGGUUGUAAACCAUUUACAUCUCACACUACGUUGAAAUAUUGUUGGGGAUCUAGAGAUCUUGUUCCUUAUAAAUCAGAAGUUAGUGUACCUCAUUUACAACCAGGACAAGAAGGAACUAUUACAGUAUUAUUCAUUGCACCUAGCAAACCUGGAAACUAUCAAAGUCAUUGGCGUUUAUAUCAUAAAGGACAUGGAUUUGGCCAUCGUUUGUGGUGUAAUAUUGAAGUUAUUGCAGAUCCAAAUUUAGAUAAAGUAAAAGAAAUGAAUGGGCAAAAAACAGCAGAACAAAUAGAUGAAAAGAAUAUUAAAAAACAAUCUGAUGUUCAAGAAGGGAUUGCUCAAGUAUUAACUGCUGUUCAAGAGAGUCAUCAAAGUGGAGAACGGAAGAUUUUGUCACACACAGCUACACCAACAAAUACACCAUUUGAUUUAAGUCCUCCUAAAUCACCAGAACCUUCUUUUAUGCAGACAGCAAAUAAUAUACAAGAAAGUAAUAUUUCCUCAACUUUACAAAUAGAAAGUUAUUCUACAGGAUCUGAAAGUGAUGAUACUGUCAGUGUGUUGAAUGCAAUUGGCUCUGAAUCAGAGACUGAAUUUGUAAUUGUACCGAAACCUGUUUGUUAUAAUAUGGAUAUACCACUAGUGCCUAGUUCAUUACAAAAAGAAUUUCCUCCUGCAUUAGACGAAGAAACUAUUACAGAAAACUUCACAGAAAUAUACAGCUUGCCAUCAACAAGGAGAGCAAGUACAGACUCUCUUCCUUCUGUCAAUAAUCUUAAUAAUGGAAAUACUUCAUCAAUGAAAGAUGCUGCUGCCUCUCAAGAAACCAAAAGUCAAGAUAAGAAAGAUAACAAUCAACAAUCUCAUUUGCAAAAUUUAAUUCAAUUGGAUCAAUCUGUAAAUGAUUUGGAAACUGAUAAACAGGCAUCUCAAGUUCCAGAUUCAUCUAAUUUAAGCAAUUAUAUUAAUGCAGAAAUUGAACAAUUUUCCCACACAAAUGAAAAUAUAAGUAAUGGAAUGACUCCAAACCUGAGAGUAGAUGUUGUUCCUAAUGAAGAAAGAAUGGUACAAGUUUUGCCUGAAAGUCUGGUUAAUGCUCUUACUGCAGCUGCUUCUGUAUAUAACACUGCCAGAGCAGUUAUUUCUGGCAUGAAUAGAAAUGAUUCUAACCAAGAAAACCCAAGACCAUCAUCUCCUCCUCCUCCUCCUCCUCCUCCUCCUCCACCUCCUUCGGCCAUGAACCAAUUGAUUGAAAUGGGAUUCAGCAAUAGAGCCCUCAAUCAUCAUCUCCUUAUCAAACACAACGGAAACAUGGAAGACGUAGUCGGAGAACUGGUAACCAUUCACGAUAACAAUUGGUACUUGCAUCGACAUACAGCUUAUUGCCAGUUUAAUACAAACUAAAAGACAUGAACAUAAACAUUCCUAUUCAUAAAGUUUAUAAUUAGUUAAAUUGCAUAAUUAUUCAAGUUUAAAUUAUCAAAAUAUAUAAUAUUAUGUAUCACUAUUUGAUUUUAUUUCUGUAAAUUCAAACAGGAUAAACACUAGUUUCUUCAAUUCUAAUAAAACAAUAGCAAAUCAGCUCACACUUUAUUAAUCUCUUAUCUUCAUCAGGUAUUUGAGUACUUAGUGCUAAUUGUCUAAAUAUAUAUUAUGUGCAUGAUGCAAAACAGACAAAGAUGUAAGAACAAUGUCUGUUUUCGUAGCAUACUAAAAGCAAUCAUUCUGUAACCAAGGAUUGAUUGUAAACAAAAUUACUUUUAUAAUCAGCCUCUAUUAAAAUAGUGUUUUUUGGAAAAGUAUCAUCCUGUGAAAUUAUUAUUAUUGUUAUUAUUAUUAUUAUUAUUAUUGAUUUUUCCAUGAAUAUUGUUGACAGAUUGAUCAAAGUUUUUAGAUUAGAAAAGAAAAAUUAUUUCUGUGGUAUUUGUAGAAUUAAUAAAAGAAAAAUGCUUA